AUGCGUUUCUCUCAUCUAUUGCCUGCCCUGGCCCUCGUCGCCCUCGGCGCCGCGCAAGAGAAUGUCGAGGAACCAACCGAGGAUGUCGAGGUCGAGGUCGAGGCCAAACGCUUCAUCAUCGAGUUCGCCAGCGGCGUCCACGCAAAAGUCAAACGAGACGAGCUCUCAUCCGAAGAGGGCAUCACCGUCCUCAAAACCUUUGAGUCCGCCGUCUUCUCCGGCGCGAGCCUCGAGACGGACAACCACAACCUCGACACCCUCCGCGUCCUCCCCGAUGUCGUCGGCGUCUGGCCGAACAGCAAGGCCAGGCUGAUCGCCCCCGUCAAGCGACAGGUCGACGUCGACGCCGACGCUGCCGGCGCGCAUGCCGUGCACUGGGCCACCGGCGUCGACGAGAUCCACAAGGAAGGCAUCCUCGGUGAGGGCGUCAAGGUCGGCAUCGUCGACUCGGGCGUGUGGUACAAGCACGCCGCCCUCGGCGGCGGCUUCGGUCCGGGAUUCAAGGUCGUCGGCGGCUGGGAUUUUGUCGGCGACGGAUGGCAAGCCGGGACGGCCAAGAAGCCCGACGCCGACCCCGCCGACGAGCAAGGCCACGGCACGCACGUCGCGGGCAUCCUGGCCGGGGAGUCCUCGAGCGGGUGGACGGGCGUGGCGCCCAAGGCGAGCCUGUACGCGUACAAGGUCUUUGGGCCGGGCGACGGGACGGACCAGGCGACCAUCAUCGAUGCGUUCCUGCGGGCCUACGACGACGGCAUGGACAUCAUCACGGCCAGCAUCGGAGCCCGCGGCGGGUUCGCCAACAACGCCUGGGCCGUCGUGGCGAGCCGCAUCGCCGCCCAAGGCGUCGUCGUCACCAUCGGCGCCGGCAACUCGGGUAACGGCGGGCCGUACUACGGCGGCACCGGCAGCUCCGGCGAGAACGUCCUCAGCGUCGCGAGCGCCGAGGUCAAGAGGGGCGGCGGCGGCAACGGGACGGCGGCGGGAGGGGAUGACGUUCUUCGGCCGUCGUACUUCACGAGCUGGGGCGGCCUCUACGACCUGUCGGUGAAGCCCGACAUCACGGCACCCGGGACGGACGUGUUCAGUACCUGGCCGGGGGGCGACGACAACCAGUUCGUCCUGCUGAGCGGCACCAGCAUGGCGACGCCGUACAUUGCCGGCGUGGCGGCGCUGUACAUCUCCAAGCACGGCGGGAGGGCCGCCCACGGGAAUGACUUCGCCAAAGACCUCAGCAUGCGCGUCAUCUCGUCCGGCGCGUCGCUGCCGUGGCUGCUGUACAGCGGCGAGGCGGACCCGGCGUUCCGGGCGCCGUCGCAGCAGGUCGGCGGAGGCCUCGUCGACGCGAGGAAGGUCGUCGGGUACGCCACCAGCCUGGAGCUCCGGCGGUUCGGGCUGAACGACACGCUGCACUUCCGGGCGGACCAGGGGAUCGCGGUGAGGAACACGGGCAAGGACAGGGUGAGGUACAGCUUCGAGGUCGAGAGCUGGGCCGGCGUGGAGAUGCUCAGGGCGUACGACGCACGGGAUCCGGGGGAGACGCCGAGGAUCAGAUAUCGUCCCGAGGUCGUGCCGUCCAACAUCUCGGUCAGCGUUGGGUUGCCGGGAGGGUUCGAGCUGGGGCCCGGGGAGGAGAGGAAGGCCAAAUUCGUGUUCGAGAUCCCCCAGGGCGUCAACCAGACCGCUCUUCCGGCCUACGGCGGUCGUGUUCUCGUCAAAGGCAGCAACGGCGAGGUCGUCGGCGUCCCGUUCCAAGGACUGGCGUUCGAUCUGAAGCAACAGAUGCAGAACCCGUUCCACGGGACGUAUCCGUGGCUGAGGUCGUCGCCCGCUUACAGCAACAAGACGACCUUCACUUUCGACCUCAGCACCGCCGCGCAGGACUUCCCCAAGAUCUUUAUGAAGAUCAAGUGGGGAUCGAGAGAGGUCCGCUGGGAUAUCUACGAGUCCGGUUUCGACGAGAAACGAGACUGGGAAUACCCCCCCGUCCCCGGCCGCCGCGGCUACAUCGGCUCGGCCACGUCCUGGUCCGGCGCCGGCAGCUCCUCGACCUUCAACCCGGCGCGCCACAACGCCAGCGACCUCUUCACGCUGCCCGUGACCGACGUUGCGAGGAACGCCUUGACGACAGGCGGGUUCACGACCAGUUAUUGGUGGUUUGGCCGCUUGGCUGACGGGACCCUGGUUGGGCCGGGCAAGUACACGAUGAGAUUCGCCGUCCUGGUGCCGUUUGCCAACCCCGAGAACGCAAACAGUUGGAAGGGGUUGACGACUGAGUUCACCAUAUUGCCGAAGCCUGGAAACAGCACCAUCACGAAGAGGUGGUGGUAA